AUGGCUGAAGCAUGCCCUGAUAGUCGGCGAUGCCUACCUCCUUGGAUGAUGAAACCCUGCACGAGUAAUGAGGUGUCAAAGACUGAGCAUCGGAAUAAGCAGUCGGCAGAAUCUGAUAAGGGGUCAGGGGCUCUAUAUCAGGCUAAGCCCACCAGAAGGCAGAAAAAAAUUGUGGAUCCAGAGGAUGCCGGUGGGCUGAAGGCGUUGCAGCGAUGCCAGGGUAAAGAGAAGCCCAGGAGAAAGAGCAAGGAUGCUGAUCGUGCUGUCACAGAUGAAUUUGACGAAAUCGAGAAAAUAACUUGUAAGAAUGAGAGGAAAGUUAGUGGAAGAGCUGCUCCGAAGAAUAGCAGGAAACGGAUGCUGGAGGAUGUGGGAUCAGAUGCAUCGUCAUCAGGAAUAACUGAUGAUGAGAUGGAGCUUAGUGCUGGCAAUUCCAGAGCUUUGCAACGAUGUCAGGGUAGAGAAAAGACCAGAAGAAAGCGUGACAGUGCUGAUUAUUCUGCCAAAGAUGAACUUGAAGAAAUUGAGAAAACAACUCGUAAGAAUGUCACAAAAGUGACUGGCAGAGCUGCUCCGAAGAAUAGCAAGAAACAAAAGCCGGAUAAUGUUGGAUCAGAAGCAUUAUCAUCAGGUACAACUGAUGAUGAGAUAGAGCUUACUGUGGAAGAUCUUGUGAGCAUAGCUGAAGAGAUUGUAAAUGCUGAUAAAGAGAAGCUACAAGAUAUACGGACCACAAAGACAUCCCGCUAUGAAGAGCGUCCUCCACGGCCUCCAGUGUCUACUCCUACUGAUACAGGAGGAUCAGUAUCAAGCACUUGGUCAACAAAGGGGUUGAUGCAGUGCACGGCAGCUACUACCACAGAUGAAACUCCAAGCGAGUGCAGAGUAGACAAGAACAAGAGACAUGAAGAACCAGAGUGUCCACCACGUAUCAAAAUGACCGGUGAUGUUGCUGAGGAUAUGAUGAACAUAUUGCUCGGACCCCUGUGGAAUAGUGAGCCUGCAGCCUAUGAAAAUAAACCCGAGGCUGUGGUACCAAGGACCGUGAACGUGAAUCUUGCGCCGCAGCGGAAAAACGACUGGCAGAAGACUGUAGCACAAGUGCAGGGGGCACCUGUGGCGAAAAAGAAGAGCAGCCUGAAAGAUAUGGUGGCCUUUUUUCUUGACUAG